AUGAGUCAACCACCUUCCGAACCAACUCAACCAGUAUCAUCAUCACAGUAUGUAGAAAGUCUACCAAUUCCAGAGGAAUCAUCACCAAGAUUUAGAUCAAAUUCAAGGUCUCGAGAUGGACCACUCUCUCCUACCUUCCAAAAGAUGCCAGCCGAUGUUUGGGAUUUAUCCUCUGAACACCAUUCGAAAAAAGCUUCUCUUCCAAAAUCACCAUCAAGCUUAUUAAAGGGAUCUAACUGCAAUUUGCAACAAAUUGGAAAAACCAACUCAUCAUCUCAAGUUACACAUCAUUCAAAGACAAAAUUAACUUUGGACAUUAUUCGUAAAUUGCCAAAAGCUGAAUUGCACAGACACUUGGAUGGUUCUGUUCGUGUUGAAACCAUCAUUGAACUUGCCAAGGAACAAGGUGUCGAUUUGCCAUCAUUUGAUGUUGAAGAAUUGAGAAAACUUGUCUCUGUUACAAAUGAUUGCACUUCACUUGUUGAAUAUUUACGUGGCUUUGAUAUUUCCCUCUCUGUCAUGCAAAAGAGAUACAGUAUCACACAAAUUGCUUGGCGUUACAGAGACCGUGGUGUCUGUGCCUUUGACUUGGCUGGGCCAGAAAAUGGCUUCUCCUCAAAGAACCAUGCUUCUGCAUUUGAAUUAGUUCAUCGUAAAAUGUUGAACUGCACUCUUCACUCUGGUGAAGCCAGUGGUUGGGAAUCUAUUCAAGAUUCAAUUCGUUAUUGUGGUGCUAAUCGUAUUGGUCACGGAACUCACUUGAAGGAAAAUCCAGACCUCACUCAAUAUGUUGCCAAUCACAGAAUUCCAAUCGAAAUUUGUAUCACCAGUAACUUGCAAACUAAGGCCAUUCAAAAAUUCGAAGAACAUCCAGUUCGUGAAUUCUUUGAUUAUGGUAUUGUACUUGUUCCAUGUACUGAUAAUACUACUGUUAGUAAUGUAACACUCUCUGAAGAAUACUUGUUAAUUCAAAACCAAUUCGGAUUUGAUGUUAAGGAAAUUGUCAAACUCAUUGAUUAUGGUUUCCGUUCUGCAUUCUUGGACUUGUCUAUUAAGAACAGACUCCGUGCUGAUGCUCUCCAUACCAUUCAAGAAAUCCUCUCCAGUGAAGGAUACGACUUGACAAGUAGUUUCUCUGCCAAGUCUGCUGUUGAUUUGGGCUUUGAUUUCAACAAUAGAGCUGAAAUUCUCCCAGUUGACUAUGAUCUCUACAAGAAUGAAACCAUCAGACAAUUCAUCAAUUCCAUUCCAAAGGCUGAUGUUAACUGUCGUUUCAAUGGUUCAGUUUCUGUUGAUACUUUGUGGACAAACUUGUCACACGAUGAAUACUCUACCGAUUUCCUCAAUUUGGAAUUGGAAUUAUUAGGAUUGGGAAGAAUUCACUCCAAGAAUGAAUUGGAAUGUCUUAUUAGACCACCUGGAGCCAAGCAUGACAAGUCAACAAUUGCUCGUGCCAUUCAAGUCAUGUCCUUGUUCUUACAAACUAAGAGUCAAAUUAUUCAUGGUUGUGAAGAUAUUUUAGAAAAGGCUGCUGCUGAGCAUGUCUUUUAUCUUGAAUUACAAGUGAGACCAACUAUGCACACCAAGAGAGGUCUCAGUGCUCAAGAAGUUUUGGAUGUCAUGGUUGUUACUAUCAAUGAAUGCAGCAAGAGAUAUAAUAUUCAAGUUGGUCUCGUUGUUUAUGGUGAUUUUACUUCCGAUGGUUUGGACCAAUUGAAAGAACUUUCCCUCCUCACCAUUAGAAAUAAGAAGAAUUUGGUUGGUUUUGGUUUCUUUGGAUACAAUGAUGAAAAGGGUGCUAUCCUCCCUGAAUUAAUCCCAGUUUUCAACAUGUUGAAGAAUCAUCAAAUUAACGUUUGCUGUUCUGCUGGUUUCUAUAAUCCUCUCAGUGUCAUUCCUGCUAUCCAUGAUGUUGGUGCUUCUAGAUUGAGUGGUUGUUUCUCCAUCCACUCUUCUCCAUCUGUCAUGAGCUACUUGUGUGACAAUGGUGUUCCUAUUGAAAUUUCCAUGACUGAUACUUUGAAGAAUCUCACAAAGGAAGUUAAUGAAUUUGCUGGAUCUGCUGUCAGAUUAUUCUUGGAUAGAGGUAUCAAGGUUGCUCCAUGUUCACUCGAUUUGACCUUGUACGAUAUGAAUCGUUCUGAAAAUAUCUACUUGAUGUCUAAGGAAUGCAAUUUGAGUUUGAACGAAGUUGUUCAACUCAUGUUAAUUGGUUUCCGUAUCUGUUUCCAAAACUAUUGGACUCGUAAGGAAAUGUUCAUUGGUGCCUAUCACACAAUGUUGAAAUUGGUUGAUAAUUUGAAACUCACAUUUGACACUGAUUCAUUCUCCCUCUUCUGUUCCUCAUACAAUCCAGCGGAAAAGGAUUGAUUCUAAAUUAACUUUAAAUUAUAAAUAUUUAUUGU